AUGCCAUCACCAGACUUAUCGCGGGUAGAAACACAGUCUGAGGCCGGUACUACUCCGGCAAUAGCAUCGACGAACGGCGGCAAGGAUGGUCGGGUGGGUGGUCCUGGUAGGAAGUCGAGAGCUUGCUUGGAGUGUAAAAAGCUCAAGAUGAGAUGCGAGGUAUUUCCAGGAGACAGAAAGUGCCGGCACUGUCUUCGCCGGAACGUCAGCUGCAUCAUUAAACGAUCUUACGAUGCCGAUGUCGACACCGAGGAUGAUGUGACAAGAGCGCUUGAAGCGUACGAGAAGAUAGACUCGAUGCGCUCGGAGAUCGAGCAGAUGAACAACAAACUUGAUGCGGUUCUAGCAGAGACGGCUAGGCUCCAAGCUGAGUCCGCAGCAAACGGCCCCCGUCGACAGCUUCACGCACGGAGCCGGUAUGAGGAUCCCACAGCGCCUGUGUCCCACGAAGACCCUCCGUCUGUUCCGUCUCACCAAUCUGUUGCUCAACAUAGCGGUCCUCCGUCCGGAACACCGGGAAACAUGACGAGUCCCGCCGGCAUAUCAUGCAGAGAGGACAAUACGCAUAUGGCCAUGACACGGGAGAAUUCGCCAGACCCGGUAUCUCACGGUGACCCAAGCAAUGGGUCCGUAACUGUUGAGGAUCCAAUGGGCAGUUUGUACGAGGUGACCAGGCUGCGCAAUAUCCGUAGCAACAAGUCGAAAAUGACAAGGCCGCUUCCAGAAGGCCAAGGACAGCUCAACGACUUCAUUUCCAGAGGGGUCAUCGCUGAGGCAGAGGCUGAGGAGCUAUAUGAGAUAUUCCAUACGUCGUUGAACCACUAUCUAUGGGUCGGCCUCGAACAAACGCACCCAUCUUUCAUCUCAGUUCGACGGUCCUCCGAGCUUCUGACGGCGACAAUCCUAGCCGUGACUGCCCUCCACAUCCCGACCUCCGCAGCAGCAGCAACCUUCGACAUAUGCUACAAGGAAUUCCUGUCUCUCAUAUCCUCUUCCAUGUUCUCCCGAUACCACUCGAUAGAUGACGUUCGAGGCCUUUGCAUCGCUGCAUUCUGGAUGUCCGAGGUGUCAUGGAAGCUGUCCGGACACGCCAUCCGUAUCGCUACGGAGUUGAACAUUCAUCAGUCCUUCACAGCAGCCUUGGACGGGAACAAAGAACACUUUCUGCGAGCUAGGCUGUGGUAUAUGUUAUAUGUAUGCGAUCACCACUUCAGCAUCGCCUACGGACGCCCGCCGAUGAUUGCCGAGAGCAUCCAGAUUCGAGAACACGAGCUUUUCCUAGCCAGCCCAUUUGCCAACGCCCUAGAUGCGCGAAUCCUAAGCCAGGUCAACCUCAUGCAAAUCCUCACGCGGGUGUACGACCGCUUCGCAGAGAGAAAGCUGCCGGCCCUCAACGAGAUCAGGGGCAGGUUCGGGUCCGCCAGAGACCCGGUCACCGGAUUGACAAGCGGCACCAACAGCUUCUCGCAGGGCAGACCAGACGCAGCCGACCAGUCUUCCAGCAACGACCCUUCCACCGCCAUGCUGGUCGAGUCGGACUUUGAAGCCCUGCGCAUGUUCAACCUGGAAAUCGACCAGUGGCGCAUGCGCUGGCACGCGCGCCAGACGCGAAACUUCUGCAUCGGCAGCUUCCCCCCGCUCGGCAUCAUCCUCUACUCGUACUUUGCCAAACUCCAAAUCAACUCGCUGGCUGUCCGCGGCGUCUCCCUCGCAGGUUCGUCGCAAGACCAGUUCCUCUCCACGGAACGCAAAGAGUUUGCGAACCUGGCUGUUUCUGCCGCCGUGAGCAUCAUCACGUUCGUCCUGGAGGAGGACGACAUGCGCCGCGCGCUGGUUGGCACACCGCUGUAUGUGCACACGAUGAUUGCGUUCGCGAGCGUGUUUUUGAUGAAGGUCGCGACGCGGUGGAACUCGGUUAUGGGCUUGAAGGUGGAAGAGGCGUACGUUGCGAGGCUUUUGGGCAGGAUGAUUGGGGUGCUGAAAAGCGCCGUCACGUCCGAUCGUCAUGUUUUGAAGCAUAUUGCAACGGGCCUGGAAAAGAUGCUGGAGAAGAUGGAAGAGUCGAGGCACCGGAGGCAGAACUCUGAGAAUAUGGGAGCAGCACGCGGGCAGAUGGAUGCGCCGGCGGGCAUUGGCAUGAUGGGCAGCUUCGGCAACCAGCAAUAUGGAGUCGGCUGUGAAGUUAGCCCGAACGCGAGUAGAGGAGUUGACGCAUUCUCGCGACCUGCGGUAGACGCGGGCGGGUUAAUGGGUGCGCAGCUGAAUACCCCGGCGACUUGGGGAGCUGGCGGGUUGGGGCAAACUCCUAACCAGCCUAGCCAUCACUCUUACUUUGGCGACGGACUUAACCUGAUGGAUGAUAACUUGAUCUUUGAAGCGUUUGGAACGGGGUCCGCAAACGACGUGUACAACCUUCUAUCUAGUCAAUUCUCGUCUGGGUAG